AGUCAAGCCUCAAAGCUACAAAAUGUAUCGACGAUCUGGGGCCCCUCGCGCGUCCGUGCGCGGUCAGCGCAAGACCAACCAGCAGCAGUCACAGGCGCAGGGAAAGAAAGCGACGCGUGCCGUGAUUGGCGUGUCGUCAGUCCCGCUGUCCAGUCGCUUCACGAACCUGGCGGAGGAGACGACGCCCCGUCAAGCGCAAAAGCAGCAAAAGGUGGCGGUUGUCAAGGUGCCGCAAAAGAAGGGCAAGGCUCAGCCUGUACUGCGUGUGGCUGGUGGUAAGAAGAAGGGAAAGGCACCGCCUCCCACGAAGAAGCAGAUCCAGCAGCACCAACAGAAGCAGAAGCUGCAGCAGGUCGCACAGAACAACCGAAACAAGCGCCAACAGGUUGUCAGCAAGCACAGGAAGGGGCUUGCGACACAGGAAACUAAGCCCAAGGCUAAUCAGAACAAGAGCAAGAACCCGCAAAACGGAGGGAGGGGCGCGGGCCGUGGUGGCCGAGGCGGACGUGGCGGUCGUGGAGGCCGUGGUGGACGCGGAGAUGCCAAGUCCAAGGCGCCCACGGGUGAAGAUCUCGACAUGGAGAUGGAAGAGUACUGGUACGAAGCUGGCAAGGGCCCCGACCCCAAGGCUGCCCGACUGGACCGUCAGAUGGAGGAGUACUGGGCCGCCAAGCCGUCGCAGGACAACGCCGCUACCAAAUCGGAGGCGGAGCCAGCCCCCGACGCCUCUAUGGAGUCUUGAGCAGGCGUCGAUUUGUAGUCAUUGACGGCAGAAAAGAACGUGGACAUGUAGAUCGAUUGCAUGGAAGCGAAGAGCAAGUGAACAUUUGUGAAGGCCGCAUGUGAUGCGAUGAGCAGCUCACAUGAACUUCGCGAGAGAGAGAGAAAGCGAAGGCGGCGACUCAUUACCCAAAUCGAAAGAAAAAGAAUGCUCGCGUGUUUCCUGA